CCGUACGUUCCCCUCGUUGCUGUCCCGGGCGGCUGGCCAGGGUGGCCCCUCCCUGAGGACAUGCACUCCCCAGACAAGAGCAAACAAAAACCAGCAGUGCAUGCACCAUCUCUAGCACCUGCUCCGCCCCCACUGGCUACCCGGGAAUGGUGAUGGCACUCCCAAUGUCUGGACCCCAGGAGACCAUUGUGUUCGAGGAUGUGGCUGUGUACUUCACGAGGAUAGAGUGGAGUUGCCUGGCCCCCGAUCAGCGGGCACUCUACAGGGACGUGAUGCUGGAGAACUAUGGGAACCUGGCCGCGCUGGGCUUUCUUAUCACCAAACCAGCACUGAUCUCCCUCUUGGAGCAAGGGGAGGAGCCAGGGGCCUUGAUUCUGCAGGUGGCUGAGGAGAGAGGAACCAAGGCCAGCCUGUGCACAGAUUCCAGGAUGGAGGCUGGGAUGGCAGAGUCUCCUCCGAAGAGGGAGCUCUCUAGACAGGCCAGACUGUCGGGCACAGUUUGGGGGUGCCUCCCCAGGAGGGACCCCAAGCUAUCUGACCGGAAUUGCAGUCCUGAGGACAGGUCAGAUAGACAACGCCUCCUCCCCUGGGCUCAGGCUGAGGAGUUAAGCAUCUCCCCAGGGGCUCUGCGAGAAGAAUGGGGCAGCCGGCCUGCAAGGAGCUCAGCCGCCAGCGGGCAGAGAGGCUACAGGUGCGAGUGCGGCAAGGUGUUCAAGUACAACUCACUGCUGCUCAGGCACCAGAUCAUCCACACAGGGGCCAAGCCCUACCAGUGCACCGAGUGCGGGAAGGCCUUCAAGCAGAGCUCCAUCCUGCUGCGGCACCAGCUGAUCCAUACUGAAGAGAAACCCUUCCAGUGCAGCGAGUGUGGGAAGGCCUUCCGGCAGAGCACGCAGCUGGUGUCCCACCACCGGGUCCACACCCGGGAGCGGCCCUAUGAGUGCAGUGAGUGUGGCAAGACCUUUACCCGCAGCUCCCGGCUCCUGCAGCACCAGAAGUUCCACACAGGGGAGAAGGCCUACGAGUGCGGUGAGUGUGGCAAGGCCUUCUGCCGCAGGUUCACCCUCAACGAGCACUGCCGCAUCCACAGCGGGGAGAGGCCCUACAGCUGCCUCCGGUGUGGGCAGCGCUUCAUCCGAGGGUCGUCGCUCUUGAAACACCACAGGCUGCAUGCUGAGGAGAGCCCCCAGGACAACGGUGGAGGUCAGAGCCCCUUGCUUGGUGCGGCACAGAAGGCCCAUGCGGGGGACAAGUUCUAUGAGUGCUCAGUGUGCCAGAAGCCCUUCAGACACAACUCCCUGCUCCUUCUGCACCAGCGGCUCCACACGGGCGAGAAGCCGUUUGAAUGCUCGGAGUGUGGCAAGGCCUUUAGUCGCAAAUCCAACCUCACUCUGCACCAGAAGAUCCACACCAAGGAGAAGCCCUUCACGUGCACGGAGUGUGGCAAGGCUUUCCGCAGGAGCUACACACUGAACGAGCACUACCGGCUCCACAGUGGCGAGAGGCCGUACAGGUGCCAGGCCUGCGGGAGGGCCUGUAGCCAGCUGUCCACCCUCAUCCAGCACCAGAAGAUCCAUGGCCGAGAGCAUCGGCAGGGUGGGGGUGGCAGGCGGGUGCCCCGCUGGACUCCCCGUUGACGGUUACAACCGGCUGAAGAUCUACCCACCCCAGAGGGGCCCCAGCACAGAAAGCUGUAAACCCACAUCCUGAGGAUACAGCAAAGGAAGGGGCCAGGGAGGGUCUGUCCCAGGGUCGAGCAUAAGGAGCACAGAGGGAGAUGAGCAGGACAGGGAGGAGGGUGUGCCUGGAGUGAGUCCCCACCAGCCCUCAGCCAGAGAGUGGUGAGGCUGCGUGUGGGUGUGCCAGGACAGCAGCUUUCUGAGCCCAGAUAAGUCUGUCCUGAUGCACACACAGGCUUCAGCAAACCAAACAGAGAUUGUGAGUGGGGUAUUUUUCUUUCUUUUUUGA